UGGGUUUUUUUUUAUCGGAUGGUUGUGAUUGUGAAAUACGCUUGGGUGGUUUUGAAUUUCCCGGACGAGCCCCCUCCCUAUACUUCAGAAAAGGCAGCAUGGUUGAUAAUUUUUCUAUGCGAAAUUUGACUACUAAGUCAUGACAUUUAGUCUGAGUCAAUCUCACGCUUUAUUUGUAAUAUAUACAGAACAUAUAAGAAAACAUUUACAGGCCCACCAGACUCCAGGGUUUAAUAUUUUAAGAAGCCCGAUCCCGAUUUUACUGGCCUCGGGCAUCGGACCGCUGGUUAACGUCGAAGACUGAUUAACAAUGAUACUGUUUCUAAGUAUCUGCAUAUCAUUUAUCCUCCUGAACUUGAGAUUAACUCGACUACAUGUAUGGAGUCGCAUUGUUCUGCCUCAUAUUUAGACCUUUUUUUUUAAUUUGACAGGCAAGGAAAAUUAAACACGAAGAUAUAUGAUAAACGUGAUGAUUACAAUUUCCCUAUUGUCAACUUUCCACACUUGUCAAGCAACAUUCCAUCUUUUCCCGCGUACGGUGUAUUUGUUUCCCAGUUGAUUCGCUACGCUAGACAUGCUAGAGGAAGCUCUUUGUAUAAAGACUUCUUGAACAGAUCUGUGUUGCUUGCCAAAAAACUGUUGACACAGGGAUACCAAAUGCCCAAGCUUAUAUCAUCAAUGAAAAAGUUUUAUGGGCGACACCACAAACUCGUUAACAGAUACAGCAUCAGUGUUUCAAAAUUGUCUCGUGAUAUACUCUGCGCUACAUAACUAAUUUUUCUGGUCUCUUACCUGAUUUGACUUUGAGAAAUGCAUGACGAGUGACACAUGUGGAGCACUCACUCAUGAAGUGCUCACUCUUCUGGAACACCUGGCCUCACCCAGGAUGAUUCUAGGGUUCAUGCGUUUCCUUGUUUUUUGUGUGUUUUUAUGUGUCGAUCGUAUUUAUUUUCAAUUUUGUCCCUGGUCUUUCCAUUUUGAUUGCCACAUUUGUACCUUUUCUUGAAUAUACUUUAAAUAUAGAUAUUUUUAGGAGGUUUUUAGAAGGUUUGAAAUAAGAAUUUAUCUGCUUGCUUGUGCUAUUAUAAAUGCUCACCUACAUGUAGUAGAUUUUGAAAAAUCAUAUUGAUAUUUUUUGGCACUAUUGUGUGUUUGACCCAUCAACUCAGACACACAUAAGCUUGUAAUUGCAUGGUAUUGUACAUGUAUGUGAUCCUAAUAAGUACUUGUAUCACCAAAUAUUGAAUCACUGAAAUUGAGUGCAAAUGAGAAAGAAAUGUUAUUGCUAUACAUACAGUGUACUGUUUACUUUAGGUGAACUAAUGCUGAGUUGCUUGUGCUCUAUUUGUAUGAAUGCACUUGUUCUUGCAUUAUGCAGGAUUUGGUGUAUUUGCCGAAAAAGACUUCAGAGCAGGGGAUUUUCUUCUAGAAUAUGUUGGAGAAAUAAUUACUGAAGAAGAGGCAUUUGAAAGGCAGAGAAAAUGUGAUGAAAAUAAUUUUUUUUUUUUACAAGAACAAAGGAAAAAGUAUGUGUAUUGAUGCUUCAUCAACUCAAGAUCAUAUAUGCCAGUAUGUCAAUGAUGGGAACAAGAUGGCUAAUGCUGUCAUGAAACUUUUGACUUUUGAGAGGCCUUGUCUAUGCUUGUUUGCUGUCAGAGAUAUUCAAGAGAAAGAAGAAAUACUGUAUAACUAUGGAGAUACUCAGAAUCUCUGGUGGAGAAAUAAGAUUUGGAAUUUCAACUACCCUAUCCAUCAUGUCUGUCAGACAUUGUUGAAGAUUCCAACAUAUCUGAAAUAGUGCCACUCCAGUGUCCAAUCUCAUCAAUCAGACAUUUGCAUUCUGAGACAGCUCAUGGCUGUACAGGUGAAGAUCUUAGGAAACUAAAAGCAUACAUAUCAGCAGAGAUUUCAUGCAUUCUGCAGAACUAUACACUUAAGAGUUAUGUUUGGCUUAGAAGUCUUGUCGUUGCAAGACUUACACUAUUCAAUGCAAGAAGAGGUGAGGAAGCAUCAAGGAUGCUUACAAACGAAUGGGAAGAUGCAAAGAAAGGUGUUUGGAUUCAAGAGGAUGAAGUAGAAAAAAUUUCUGAUCCAGCAGAACAAUAUCUUGUAGACAAUUUCAAGAUGGCCUACUUGAAAGGAAAGGGCAGAAAAUAUGUACCUGUGCUGAUUCCUGUUGACCUUAUCCAAGCAAUAGACAGGAUAAGCAAUGAUAGACGGGAUUUUGGCAUAAGAAAAGAAAAUCCCUUCUUGUUUGCAACAAAAAAUGGAUUUUCACAUUGUUCUGGAUGGCAUGCUGUAGCAGAAGUUAGUGAAAGGGCUGAGAUCAGCAUUCCUGUAACAGCAACCAAGAUAAGACAUAGAUUGUCGUCAAUCUAUGCCAGUUUGGAGAUGAAACCAGAGGACAGGAAAGUUAUCCUAGAGUACAUGGGGCACGAAGAAAAUAUAAACAGAGAAAAUUACCAAUGUCCCCCUGCAGUUAGAACAGCACGUGUGAUGGGGAAAAUGCUGACAACCAUUGAUGGAGUGGAACAUACAUGUAAUGGAAACACAGAAAAUGAUGAAAAUGGACAGGGUGACUAUGAGGGAAGCAGUAGCUGCAGCAACCAAAGGAACAAGUCAGGUUCUGUUCAGGAGUCCCUAAAUGGUAUUCAAUGUUCUGCAAUGCUUCCAGAGGAAACUUGUUAUGUUAAUGAAGAAGAUACUAACGGUGAUGAUGAACAGGUGGAAUCAGUUCAAAAGAAUGUUCCUAGGACAUCUAGAAAAUGCUCAGUGAAAUGGUCAAGAGAAGAUAGCAUUAUUGUAAGAAAUCAUUUUAGGGACUUUGUAUAUCAGACUGCCAUCUGCUCCACAAAUGAGAGACCACUGCAAAGCAAAGAGGCCAUUCUUCAAUUUCUCGCAACAACUAACUUACAGAGCAUCAGAGGUUUAACUGCACAUGAACAAUACACCAAAGUCAGAACAAAGCUAUUUAAUGACAGACUGUGAGAACAAAAACAGCAACAUCCAUGACAAAAAUGUCAGGAACAAAGUAAAAGCAAUAAACAGAUUUUAGAUCUACAGUUGAAGCUGAUACAUUACCCUAUUGUCUGUCCAUCUGUUGUCAUUUCUUGUCAUCACAUUUCCUUCUAAGUUAACGAGAAGAUUUGCAUGAGACUUUACCGGAAUGAUUUCCUAGUGAUUUAGUUGGUUCUAAUGAAUUUUAUGGAGUUCAACCCCUAAGGAGCCAUGACUUAAAAAGUCAUCACAUUUCCUCCUAGGUCAUUGAUUGGAAUUUGAUGAAACUGAACAAGAAUGAUCCCCUAGUUUCCAACAUUUCUGAAUGUCACUUUCCUUUUUAUUCUUUGAGCAUAAGGGUUAAAGCUUGAAUUGAGACAUGGUCUAUGUCUUUGAGGUCAAAAGGUCAAGGUCACUGGCCUGAAUGAAUACUUAUAUUUCACAGUUUAUAGCUCUACUGAGCUUAUGUGAUACCCUGUCGUCUAUCCAUCUGUAAACUUAAGGUUCUUUGCAUGGAACAGAUUUUGAUAAAACUCAUAAAAUGAGCUGGUAGUGGUCUAGAUGGUACAAAUCCAAUUUUAUUGGGUUCUGACCCCUAGGGGUCGAAUAAGGGGCCACACCCUUAAAACUUGUAAUACCAUCUCCUGAGGUAAUGAAUGGAUUUUGAUCAAACCUACCUAGAAUGAUUCCCUAGUAGUUUAGUUGAUCUUAAAUUUUCAUAGGGAUCUGACCCU